AUGAAUCACUCUAUUUGGAACGACCUCUGUCAACUACCCACGCUCAUUGCCACUCGUCCACAUUACGCCAAGCGUGCUUCUGAUUCAACGACACAGCUACAGCAAUCUAUUCAAAACGUCCUCCAUGUGUUAGACGAUCGUGCCAUCGUCUUGACGCUCUCUGCCAACUUUGCUACGGCUCUUCGUGAUGCGGCUGCCAUGCAAGAACUUUCGCCAUUGUCACCCCUUGGCUAUUUACGUGAAGCUACUAUCUACAGCGAACAAGGUAGACAACAAGCUGUUGUGGAUGUUUGCAACAAAGGACUCAGUAUUGUUGAUAUCAAUGAUCCUGGAUACAGCAAGCUUCAACAAGCCAAAAGCGAUGCUAUGCAACGUGGUGCCUGUCGCAUUGAUUUCAUCAGCCAGCUCCCCCUUGACAUUGUGACACAUGUGCUUUUUCCGAUGCUUUUGGAUGAUGGUGGUGGGAUAUCGGAUCCCUUGAAGCUAUGCCCCUAUUUGGAUGUGUCAAGGACGUGGUUUGAUCGGGCCCUUCACGCUAGUGGCGGUGCAUUUCAUUUCAAGGUUUACAACGAGCGCUCCAGCAACCAGAUUACUCGCUUUGCUCAACAUACAAAGGCAGCAUACAUGAGUUACUAUCAUGAGGGAAAUUGGCAAUCAGACUUUUUACGUGAUGCGAACCUGUGCUUUUUGCGGGAGAUGGAGAUUAUAGGUCUCAAUCAAACAAUCGACCUGGAUCAUCUUAUUUCAUCAUUACGAUACGUCAGCAACACUUUGAUUCAUUUGACGAUUACGAGGUCGAAAAGCAUUCCCUCUCAGCCAGGACAACGUCCUCGUUUGUUUCCCUCACCUGAUCCACCUCUAAAUGUGGUAGACAUCUUGAUCAAUUGCCCCAAUUUGGUAUCGUUGGAUUGUGGCUAUCGAUUCGCUACCGAUUUCAGUGCUGUCCCAUCGACAAAGACUUGGCCACAACUCACAACCUUACGUCUGGAUCAUCAUCACGGCGUUGCUUUCGAAGGUCAAUUCUUGGAGAUUUUGAAGCGGUUUCCAUCGCUCAAGAAGCUUGUGCUUAAUCCAUGUAUUGAAACGCAACCGAUGACAAUGAUCCAACGCUAUUGCCCUUCCAUGAGUGAGCUUGAACUCAUUCCAAAACGCACACAAUCACAACCAGCACGAUAUGAGCAACAACAUGAGGAUCAGUGGAUCAAUGAAGGAGGAGGUGGAUUGGAGAAAAUAACGGUUUCAGAAGGUCACCGAGGCUAUGACGCUUGGAUGGAUAUGUGCCCGAUGCUACAGCAACACCACAAUACGCUUAUUCACCUCGAGUUGAAUAUGGAUUAUGAUGGCUACAAUGAUGGUGACCUUUUCAACCUGGAAUACCCUUGCCUUAAAACAUUGGCGCCGUUUCUCGAGGAAUUGAGCAUUACAGCAGAUAUCAUCGUAUCGAAUCCUGUUCUACUCGGUUUCACACCACCAUCCACCCUAAGAAAACUCGUGCUGGACCUUCGCCAUAUAGAUCGCCUUGAAGACCCGACAGUGAUUGUACGAUUUCUGGACCGCUUUUCUGGAACCUCCUUAAAGGAGUUACAGAUAUCUUUCAACAACCACGAUGAUGUUACUCCUGAUAUUCUUAUUGCUUCCAUCUGCCGUUUGAAUCAGCUUCAGCGUUUGGCGAUAUCGUUUUUCUUGAGAAGGAAGCCAUGGAAAAUGGACCACUUUGUAAAUAUGCUUGUGGAAGGAUGCCCAUGUCUUUUAUCUCUUGAAUUGAAUCUAAACCUUUCUCCUUCGGCUUGUGCUAUCAAGGAUCCACAAAAGCUUCAACAUUUACGACACCUCGGCAUUAAAAUGGACGACACUCCUGAAUACAAUGAAGCAUGGGAUGCUUUGGGAACUCUUUCACAGCUCCAUUCUGUUUGCCUCUUCUCGGAUACUAUGCUGAAACGAUCUUCCAUCAACAAUCUCAAGAACCAAAGACCUGGUGUAAAAGUAGUGGCCCCCUGGCGUCGUUUUCGGCUUUGA